UUUUGGGCUAAUGGAGGAAAGGCGCUACGAUCGUCGUAAAUGAUGAAAAUCUCGUGCUUGGUGCUCGGUCGGCAUGACCAAGAUCAUUUUCACGUCAUCUUGAUAAAAAAAUUGUGAAUCCUAGUGGUUCCUAGCCAAGAGAGAGGUUUUUCAUCAUUAAAAAUCCGAAAAAAGUGACUGGACUGUACACAUAUAUCACGCACUGGGCAAAGUUGUUUGACACUUUGAUUCCUUCCUAAAUGUAAUACAUUAUCGCGCAUCGCGAUGGGGAUACUGGAAAAGAUCUCAGAAAUCGAGAAAGAAAUUGCACGAACGCAGAAAAACAAAGCUACCGAGUAUCACUUGGGUUUGCUGAAAGCGAAACUUGCCAAGUAUAGAUCCCAGCUGUUGGAACCGGCGAAAAAGUCCGAAAAAGGCGAAGGUUUCGAUGUGCUGAAGUCUGGAGAUGCCAGAGUCGCGCUAAUCGGUUUUCCAUCGGUUGGCAAAUCCACUCUACUCAGUACGUUAACUGCCACCGAAUCGGAAGCUGCGUCUUAUGAAUUUACUACCUUGACAUGUAUCCCUGGUGUUAUCGAGUACAAAGGUGCCAAUAUUCAAUUACUAGAUUUGCCUGGUAUAAUUGAAGGAGCAGCACAGGGAAAAGGACGAGGUAGACAGGUCAUAGCUGUUGCCAGAACAGCUGAUUUGGUGCUUAUGAUGUUGGAUGCGACCAAACAGGAUGUUCAACGACAACUUUUAGAAAAAGAAUUGGAAUCAGUCGGGAUAAGACUCAAUAAGAAGAAGCCGAAUAUAUAUUUCAAGGUGAAAAAAGGCGGCGGAUUAGCCUUCAAUUCAACAUGUCCUCUGACGAAAGUAGAUGAAAAACUAGUCCAAAUGAUUCUUCAUGAGUAUAAAAUCUUUAAUGCUGAGGUGUUGUUUCGUGAGGAUUGCAGCGCAGAUGAAUUGAUCGAUGUCAUCAAUGCGAACCGAGUGUACUUGCCCUGCCUUUAUGUAUAUAAUAAAAUAGAUCAAAUAUCGAUAGAGGAAGUUGAUCGGAUCGCCAGACAACCUAAUAGUGUUGUAGUUAGUUGUAACAUGAAAUUGAAUCUGGACUUUCUAUUGGAAAUAUUAUGGGAGUAUCUAUCUUUGAUAAGGGUAUACACAAAAAAGCCUGGCCAACCACCCGACUUUGAUGAUGGUCUAAUAUUGAGAAAAGGCGUAACAGUGGAACACGUGUGUCAUGCAAUUCAUCGCACACUUGCUCAACAAUUUAAAUAUGCUCUUGUGUGGGGUACCAGUACCAAGUACUCACCUCAACGAGUAGGAGCACAGCAUGUGAUGCAUGAUGAAGAUGUCGUGCAAAUAAUGAAAAAAUAAUUCGGCAAAACUUGUAAAAUCAUUGAUGAACAAAUCAUACAGUCGAUGAAGCAAUCAUACAUACAUGUAAAUAUAUAUGUAUAUAUGUGUAUGUAUGUAUGUAAAAACUAUAAGCAAAUUACUACAUCAAAUUGUAAAAUUUAAUGAUACAAUCUUAGGAUGAAUAUGCGUUUAUAUAGAUUACAUAUUUCAAAAAACUUAUAGUCUUCUGCAAAUAUUGUUUCAAUAAAUUUUGCAAAAACAAAACCAACUUAUAC